CCAUGAAGACCAUCCUCUUUGCCCUGCUGGCCUUUGGCCUGGCUCUGCAGCCAGGCCGCGCUCUGCAGUGCUACUCCUGCAAGGCCCAGGUGAAAAACAGUGACUGCCUGAACGUGCAGAACUGCAGCCAGGCGGAGACCAAGUGCUGGACCGAGCGCAUCCGUGCUGCCGGCCUCCUGACCAUCAUCAGCAAGGGCUGCAGCUCAGACUGCGUGGACGACGCUCAGGACUACUACGUGGGGGAGAAGAACAUCACAUGCUGCUCCACAGACCUGUGCAACGCUAGCCGGGCCCGCUCCCUGCAGCCCGUCUCCGCCACUGUGGCGCUUCUCACCGCACUGGGUAGCCUACUGUACUGGGUUCCAGGCCGGCUGUAGGCUCCAGCAGUGCCCCGCCACAGCCCCCACACGGUUCGCCCAGCUAGGGUGGCCCUGGUCCGUGAGAGCGUGUCCUAACACCAUCUUAGCUGUGCCCCUCUGCCCUCUGGCCCUCCUGUGGUUCCUUCCUGGACUCCUGCCCACCCGCUGCAUAGGCUAGGCUCUGGUGACACAGACCAGCCUCCAGAUGGUCCCUUCAGCCCCCAGCCCAACCUCCCCAUCCUUAACCCUCUGCUCAGGCACCUCUUCCUCCAGGAAGCCUUACUUGCCCACUUGCCUCUCUGUGAGCUGAGCCAGGUCUGGUCUGUGGUGUCCCUGCCCCAGCAGGGACAGGCAUUCAGGAGGGCCCAGCAGAGGCCAAGAUGAACUGGGCUGAGUAGAACUAGGGUCUAUGGGAGUGGUGUGAGGUACUGGAAGCCCCAAGAGAUGGAGCCUGGAGGCCUGGAGGGAGGGACCAGACCCCUAUAUCCAUGGGGGUCCUUGAGCAGAAGUGCUGGCACACAGUAGGCACUUAAUAAACU